GCGCGCACCGUGCAGCCGGGCCGGGCGGGAGGCAUGGCGGGGCCCCCGGCCCUACCCCCGCCGGAGACGGCGGCGGCCGCCACUACGGCGGCCGCCGCCUCGUCGUCCGCCGCUUCCCCGCACUACCAAGAGUGGAUUCUGGACACCAUCGACUCGCUGCGCUCGCGCAAGGCGCGGCCGGACCUGGAGCGCAUCUGCCGGAUGGUGCGGCGGCGGCACGGCCCGGAGCCCGAGCGCACGCGCGCGGAGCUCGAGAAACUGAUCCAGCAGCGCGCCGUGCUCCGGGUCAGCUACAAGGGGAGCAUCUCGUACCGCAACGCGGCGCGCGUCCAGCCGCCCCGCCGCGGAGCCACCCCGCCCGCCCCGCCGCGCGUCCCCCGCGGGGGCCCCGCCGCGCCGCCGCCCACGCCCGCCCCGCCGCCCGCUCCCGUCGCCGCCCCGACCCGGGCGCCCCGCGCGGCCGCCGCCACAGCGCCCCCUUCUCCCGGCCCCACGCAGCCGGGUUCCCGGGCGCAGCGGGCCGCGCCCCUGGCCGCGCCGCCACCAGCGCCCGCCGCGCCCCCGGCCGCGGCGCCCCCAGCCGGCCCGCGCCGUGCACCGCCGCCCGCCGUCGCCGCCCGGGAGCCGCCGCCGCCGGCGCCGCCACAGCAGCAGCAGCAGCCGCCACCGCCGCAGCCACAGCCGCCGCCGGAGGGGGGCGCGGCGCGGGCGGGCGGCCCGGCGCGGCCCGUGAGCCUGCGGGAAGUCGUGCGCUACCUCGGGGGCAGCGGCGGCCCCAGCGGCCGCCUUACUCGCGGCCGCGUGCAGGGGCUACUGGAAGAGGAGGCGGCACGGAACCGUCUGGAGCGCACCCGCUUGGGAGCGCUCGCACUGCCCCGCGGAGACAGGCCGGGACGGGCGCCGCCGGCCGCUAGCGCACGCGCGGCGCGGAGCAAGAGAGGUGGAGAAGAGCGGGUGUUUGAGAAAGAAGAGGAAGACGAUGAUGAAGACGAGGAGGAGGAGGAGGACAAUAUAUCAGAGGGCUCAGAAGUGCCUGAGAGUGACCGCCCCACAGGUGCUCAGCACCACCAGAUUAAUGGAGAGCGGGCCUCUCAGAGUGCGAAGGAAAGGGUCAAGGAAUGGUCGCCCUGUGGACCCUACCAGGGCCAGGAUGAAGGGCGGGGACCAGCACCUGGCAGCUGCACACGCCAGGUGUUCUCGAUGACAGCUAUGAAUAAAGAAGGGGGAUCAGCUUGUGUUACAGCUGCUCCAGAUUCGCCAUCUCCUGUGCCUUUGCCCCCAGGAAAACCAGCCCUACCUGGGGCUGAUGGGACACCUUUUGGCUGUCCUCCUGGACGCAAAGAGAAGCCAGCCGACCCAGUGGAGUGGACAGUCAUGGAUGUGGUGGAGUACUUCACUGAGGCAGGCUUCCCGGAGCAGGCCACUGCUUUUCAGGAGCAGGAAAUUGAUGGCAAGUCUUUGUUGCUCAUGCAACGGACAGACGUGCUGACUGGCCUGUCCAUCCGCCUGGGCCCCGCCCUGAAGAUCUACGAGCAUCACAUCAAGGUGCUCCAGCAAGGCCACUUUGAGGAGGAUGACCCCGAUGGCUUCCUCGGCUGAGUGCCAGCCUUGCCCCUACCCCAGCCAGUCCGGAUCACAUCACAGUGCCCUGACAGUCCAGGAGCUGGGCAUGGGGACACCCUCGACCUUCCUGACAGACUCCAGUGAGGGGGUACCCUCCUCCAUUUUCCCCUUUUCUCACACCCCUACCUUAGUACAUCCCCUCUCCACAGCCAUGGAGUGUGGGGUAGGAGGACUUGGUUGGCCCAUUCACAGGGCCAACUUUUCUCCCCAAACCAGGACAUUUUUGAAAAACAAAAAAUCAGGGGAGCUUCCCAUGGCCCCCAAACCCUCUUCAGUUCAGCCAGAUGUUAUCUUAUAUAAGUGUUCUGUUCUGCCUAUCCAUCCUGGUGGUGGGUUCUCAUGCUCCACCACCCGUUCCCUGCCCCUGACCUCUAGCCUCUGGAAAACAGGUGAGGUAAGGGACCUUGGGUCCUCUGGCUCCUUCCCUUUCUGUCUGUCCAUUGUUGCUCCACCUGGCUGUAUUGCUUUUUAAUAUUGCACCGAAGGUUUUUUAAAUAAAACUUUAAAAAAAAAAGAGUCCAUUUUUCUGAAUGGAGGCAGGAGGUGCAAAGAGCCUUGAGAUUAGUGUGGGGUCAGGAGGGAAGACAGUGCCUGCUUUGCCCAGCCCCCCAGACAGGCUGACUUCAGGGCGCCCUUGCCAAGCCCGCAGAGAGCACCAUGGUUCCAUUCCCCGGUGCUACAGAAAGGAAAUCGGGUUUGCAGCACAUGUGGUCCUCACCAUUUCAGAGACAGAAGCGGGAUCGGGAAUUCAAGGCUAGCCUUAUCUACAUAGUGAGUUCAGAGAGUUCAGGGCCAGCCUAGGUUACCUACAGUUGUUUUGCCAUCUCAUUCCAGAACCACCUGUCAAGCGUUUGUUGAGUGACUAACCGUUAGCUGCACACUUGCUGAGCCUUCAGUUGUUUCCUCUCUAGUUUCAUGAAGCAGACGUCAUAA